AUGCGGCCUCCACCUAGUCCACCGCCACCGGCGUCGAGCGGCCGAUCCAACGAUGGGCACGGCGUCCGCAGAACCUCGUACGUAUCGCCUCAGGAAAUGGCCGAGAUGGCGAGUGCCGCGACACCACCCCAGGUGUCGCGCGGCGCCCGACACGAGCCCCGCAUGCGUCCCACGCGGCCGCGCGCGCUCGCCCCCCCGCGCAUCCCCACGCGCGCCCCUCCUGCUAUAAACCCAGCUCCCUCAUGCCCUCGUCCAUCUCAUUCGUAGUACCAGUAGUGGCAGUAGCGCUCUUGGGCAUCUUGCGCGCGCGGUAGCUAUCUUGCUCUGCUUGCCUGCCAUGGCCGAUCAGCACCGGGGCGGGAUGGGGGUUGGCGGCGGGGGCUACGGCGACCUGCACCGCGGCGUCGGCGAGACGCAGCAGAGGCAGGGCGCCAUGAUGACGGCCCUGAAGGCGGCGACGGCCGCGACCGCCGGCGGGUCGAUGCUGGUGCUGUCCGGGCUGAUCCUGGCCGGCACCGUGAUCGCGCUCACCGUGGCGACCCCGGUGCUGGUGAUCUUCAGCCCGGUGCUGGUGCCGGCGGCCAUCGCGCUGGCGCUCAUGGCGGCCGGGUUCGUGACCUCCGGCGGCCUCGGCGUGGCCGCGCUGUCCGUGUUCUCGUGGAUGUACAAGUACCUGACGGGCAAGCACCCGCCGGGCGCCGACCAGCUGGACCACGCCAAGGCGCGGCUGGCGUCCAAGGCCCGCGACAUCAAGGAUGCGGCGCAGCAGCGCAUCGACCAGGCCCAGGGGUCUUGAAAAGCAUAAUAUGCAAGCGGAUCGCGCGUGUCAUGCGUGUCCGGUGCGGGGCGAAGGCGGCAGCGCACGACCGCCGCGCCGCGCCGCGGCAUGGGCCUACGGCAGCCGCCGUAGCGUCUGGGGUCGCCGCGCUAGCUGGCUAGUCGU